GUUCGUCCUUUGUGGCCGUUGGAUUUCCAGUCAUUUUCUGCACACCUACUCCAACCGGCGCACAUUGGUGAGUUAAAUUGAAUCCACUCAAUCUCGCGUCUGUGGGAGGAGUCCAGCUCAACAGCUGGCUGACUCGCUUUGAUGCUUUUUGACCCUGCCACACCGCGAUACACUGUCUGUGCCCUUUGAAAAAAACACACAUUGUCCCAUUCAAAGAAGAAAAACGGACAAGGAGGACUUAAAACUACCCAAAGAUUUGAUGGACUAUUGCAACUGCAUCGUUGAAUCAACUGAACUUAGUUUUUCGUGAGAAACACCGGAGAUUUGCCUCGUUAAAUGGUGACCAUCAUUGGAUUGUCUUUUGACAGAGGUGUUGCAGCUAGCUGAAGGCGCUCAGACGAGCAAGAAGAAACAAAAGACUGGACACGUCGCCGCUUUACUCUCUCCCUUUCCUCGCACCCAACUUGGGGCCCAAAUCACGAACAAAUCGGCUGAGAUGCAGCUGCCAGUCACCUUGAGUUAAAUGGUAGUUCAUGAGAGGAGAGUGCAAGUUUGGCCAAGGACGAGGAGAAAGAAGAAGACCGAUUCCCGAAGCGGAGGGACAGGACGGGGAGUGGACAUGUCUUUUUGGGCGAUACUACCUGUCAGUCUGCCUGCCUUGACCAUCACUGGAAUUUGGGUUGUGUACGCAAUGGCCUUGUACAACCAGCAUGUCUGCCCUGUGGAUAACUGGCUGUAUAACCAGUCAUGUGAGGAGGAGCUUUAUCUACAGAGUGGACCAACUUUGUGCUGUACUCUGGACAAUGUUCCUCUCAUCAGUAAAUGUGGCACUCUUCCUCCAGAAAGCUGUUUCUUCAGCCUCAUCUGCAGCACUGGAUCCUUCAUGGUGAUUGUGAUAGUCCUCCUGCGUUAUGCCCAUGUGAUAGAGAAGCAUCAGAACUGUGUAUUGAACACAGCGGGCCUUUCCACUGGCUGGAUCUGUGCUGCAGGACUCAUCAUGGUCGGCAACUUCCAGGUGGAUAAUGCUAAGAUCCUCCACUAUGUGGGGGCAGGGGUAGCGUUCCCCACCAGUAUGCUGUUUGUGUGUCUGCAGUCAGCUCUAACCUACAGGCUGGCCAAGACUCAGGGAGAAUACAGCCUGGCUCACCUACGACUGGGCAUGACACUACUGGCCUUCAUCACGUUGGUGCUUAGUGGCGUGUUCUUUGUCCAGGAGAGCUUCGUCCUGCAGCACGCGUCGGCCAUCUUUGAGUGGGUGUUCUGCGUCACCAUCAUGCUCUUCUACGGAACCUUUGCCUUCGAGUUCGCCGGUGUCACAGGAGAUACUGUGAUGGUGCUCGCCAGAGGGGGAGCCCUGGGGCCGAAUGGGAGAGAUCACAAAGUAGAGUCCCUAGGAGGUCCCAUUCCGCUCCCCCCUGAGAGCAUGUCAAUGCUGUAGUCCCUGGGAGAGAGGCCAAAAAGCUGGCCUGUGCCAUUAUCAAUCUGGGGUAGGUGGAGGGACUUUUGAGUAUCCAUCGCUAAUACACCAAAACACCCCCAUUCCAGGGUGUGAAGUGGAUUAUGCCAAUGCCACAUAUAAGCUCAGCGUUGGUGGAAUGGAUUCUACCAUUUCCACCAGGCCCGGCGGUGUGGACACCAUGGGGGAGAUGUGGGUUCGUACUGUUCCCAUGUCCCCAGCCCUGUCCCAGCCUCCAAAGACCCUGCUUGUGUUUGCACAUCACUAAUGAACCAUAAUCUUAUUUUCUUUCAUCCCCUGUUUUCCGGCCAAAGAAGCCUCAUCACUCAUUACAGGAAGUGAUCCUGGUGCCGCUGAGUCUCAGCCUGUUGCUAUCUGAUGACAUCACUGUCAUCUCGACGCAGAUUAAGAGAGGAGGGCAGGCCACCAGAUGGCUAUAUAGAGAAAGAAAGAGAGAGGGAGUGAGACGUCAUGGGAGUGAGGCUGGGAGAAAAAUAGAGGACCGCAUUAGAGAAGAGAGAGCUGCGUGGGAGAGCUAGGCCUGUGCAAUGUAGAGCAUAAUCCAAUAAACAAAAGCACUUGAAUUGGCCAAAUACUCAAUUAUUUUCAGAGGCUGUUAGCGAGCAGACAUUGAUGUUUCCCUCAGUGCUAGAGUCCAAACGAGACAAUGAACCUGCUGCCACCAUUCGUCUUUUAAAACACAACAAUACCAUGAGAGCCGGGCCUCAUCGCACAGCUCCCAAUACGCCACAUGGAAUAUUUAGAAUAUUUCAAAUGGUUAAAAUGACACCCUUCACAUGUAGCGCAAGACUGAGGACUCACUACCAUGAAUGUGUUGAUGACAUGGAUGCUUCACUGAUGAACAGUAUACUGGUCAAUAAACCAUGGUUUUAACCGGGGAAUAUCUGGAUACCAGAGUUACCUUAUUUUUCUACUGAUGCUACAUAAACGUUGUGCCUUAUAAAGCUGUACAUUGGAAUGCAGACUUUUUCAGACUGUAAAAAUAUAUUUUUUUCCUUAUGAUUAUUCGAGACACUUGAGUAUAUGAAAAGCCAAACCUCCAAUAGUAUUUUAUACAUAAUAUUCCAAACACUUUUAUUUUCUACAUAUUGACUGUACGGUUCACCCAAAAGGUAUGUAUGUUGGGAGGGGAGAAGAGGACUAGAAGAACCCAACUGUAAACCAGCUAAUACCAGCCAGAGCUAAGAUAAAUCCCAGGAAUCAAAAAAGUCUGAAAAACAGAGGUCCAGAAUCGAGGAUCUAUUUAUAAUCACAGAAACAACUUUUAUGCUCCCGAUUUCACUGCUUUUCUUUUUGUCAGGCUGGGGUUCAAUCGGUUUCGGUUUCAGACGACGACAGUCGACAGUUUGUUUUGCAAGGCGACAAUGUAGUGUUGAAUGCUGAAACAACCGUAUGCUACCCGGGUUAUCUUCUUGUUUUUUUGCCCCCUGUCUCUUUAGCCUAUCAUGGAAUAGGGGCCUAAAGGGAACAGGAUGGAACUGCUGCUUGCUGCUGGUCUUCUUCUAAAGAAUGUAAACGUAAACCAUCCGCAUCCAUUCUCCUGACUAACUGCACUGAGUCAAACCAUCCACAUGCCUUUCAGAUCUGUGCUAAGAGAUCUUAAAAUGCAAUUAUACGUCUCCACUGUUUCAAUGCUGCCUUAUUAGCUUCAGUGUCUGUGGAUUGCAGAAAGACAUGUAGAGCAUAUAGUUCCAUUCACAAGUGUUUCACAUUCACCUCAGUCAUCACAACGUCUUGAAAGUGAAUCUGAGCAAAUUGGACUGAAUGGAGUCACUGACCAAUGAAGUUCAUCUAAUAGAAACACAGUAGUAGACAAUGAUGUUUGUAGAGGGGAAAAGUGGUCCAUUAGCCCCUCCUAGUGGAGACACAGACUACUGCACAGAGCUCUAUGCCGUUCUAUAGACCCCUUUCUGUGUUUGCAAACAUUACCUCACGAAGGAGAUGCACACAAGUUGGUGGCAGAACACAGGGGAGUUCUUAUAGAACACCAGCAAAAAAAGCCUCUAUUGACAUGUUAAUUUUGAGUGCAUUUCACACUACCUUUGGAUUAUAAUUGGAUUUAAGUCUUGUAUGAAUGUCCUGCUUAAUAUAAUGCUUGUGUCAUUAUCGCAAAUCAACUGGAUUAUACUUUUUAAAAAACACUAACUUCAACCAGUAAAAUGGCUCUUUGGCUUGCUUUUGCUACCGCCUAUGUCAAUGAGCGUUAGCAUUCUAGCUAACAACUUCUGCAUCCAAAAUAUUUUGCGAUGAUCACAACCAAAUAUAAUCUUAGCGACUGUUCAAGCUAGAAUCAAAACAUAAUUGUAAGCAUAUGAGAAACCCAAAAAGUAAUUUUGUUUAGAAGUAAUAACUUACAUCUAUGCUAUGUUGAAUUGCUGUCAACUACGAAACAUUAAAUGUUUCCCGUUGCAUGCCUUAAUGAAUAUGACCCGUGUCAAUGUUCUCUCUUAUUGACUGAUCUACCUUCAAACAUUUACCUCUCAGGAAUCUGUUGCAUCACCAGCUCUCCACAAUCAGUGACUUAACGAAAGCUUAGUCUUUUCUUCACUUUGUAAAAUAAAUUGUGUUUAUGUUGGGAUAUUUUUAUAUAUUCAAUUGUGUUUUAGAACUUGUUUUUACCAUUGGGUUGAUUUUACAUUUCAAUGUUAAAGUGCCAUUCGCUCUGUCCAUAUUUGACCUGAUUGGUCACUUGCCAUGGUUCCAGUUGUUCUAUGUUCUAUGCAGAACCAUAUCUUUACAUAUGCUUUUUCCUAGGUCAACAUUAUACCAUAUAAAUAGUUGCAGUAUUGUAAGUGCUUCAUCCAGACAUUAUCGAUACAGUUUGGUUACCUUUAUUUGUACACACACACACACACAGAGUAGAGAACAUUCCUCUAUAGCUGUUGUCCUCAUUUGUAUUUAAUUGUGGUCUUACCUACAGACAGAUAAGUAAAUGAGUGCCAUACUCUACUGAAAUGCAAAAAGAUGACCUGUAAGUGCCUUUAUUUUGAUGAAACCAAAGAAACAUAUGUUUUAAGGUGAAAAGUGUUUGUCAUAAUGAGAGAAGGAAGAUUAUUUGUAUAUUUGCCUUAAAUUGUUCUACAAUAAAUCUGUAAAAGUGU